AUGCGGGGCAUUCAAGCGGCGAAGAAGAAAUCCCCCAAGAGGAACAGCAAGGAUCGCCCCGUUCGUAUUGUUGACGAAGAAGAGUUUUGCCUCACUUGGAGGCUGGACAGAAUGGCACGACAGAGACUGGCCGAGCUACCCGAAAGCAGUCGGCAACAAGCGAUGCAGCGCUUCAAUCCGGGACCUGAGGUGCCGGAGUCGGACUUUCCCAAGCUCUUCGUGUCCUUCCUGAAGCGUUUUCGGCCCAAGGAGGGAGAUGACCAUGAGGAGGGUGGCAAAGGCAGUUCCACCUCUCCGUCGCGCCGAAGGGCCAAAGAUGAAAAACCCGCCCGGCCUCCACCGGAGCGUCGCGAUUCCAGCGCCUCCGAGGCUGAGAUGAGUAAGGUGCCCUUCUAUCACAGUCCCGGCUCGACGCCGCGCAGCUUUGAUGGGGUGCCUGUCGGGCAGCCGGCUUUUUUUUUGGGGGGCAUUCUGCAGAUUCCCAAGCUGAAAGGAUCUGAAAGGACUUUGGCAUGCCGAGCCCACCGUCUGCGGGGCUGGGGUGCUCAGAAGCAGUGGCACCAGCGGACCGUUGGGGGUUUGAUCAACCGUGUUUUUGGGGAUUUGGGAGGUCAUUUCCCAGUUGGAGAUGGGCAUUUGAAUCAUUUGACCUAG